GAACUUAGAAAGCAUUUGUUUGGGGCUGCUUGGUCCCUCCGGCAAAUAGCUGCCGCCGGCUAUGACGUGCCGGCCAGGCGCGUUCGCGACUGCAACCGUCACUUGCUUUAGGAUCCUUCUUUUGCACCUGCUGAGUCUCUCAAAGCAAAGCAAAACUGACUGGAACAUAUCUAAGUGCAUUUUUGGAACUGCAUCUUUGCUUGUGGGGUGUGCUCUUUCCGUUAUUUUUCUUACGUGUACUUCUCUGCUUCUUCGACCUAAACCGAACGGACUUUCAUUUGAACAGUCCAGGUUUUGACCCCACUUUUGUUACGGAAAGAAUCUAAACUGCG